AGGAGGCAAAGAGCUGAAGCUGUGGUGUGCAGAACAGAAGGUACGCGGAAGCCGAGAGCCCUGCGACUGUUUGGAUUGAAAGCCUGAGGGACCCGAGAGAGUCCGUCAUGUUCUGCGAAAAAGCUGUGGAGCUGGUUCGUGAGCUGCACCGCGCGCCAGAAGGGCAGCUACCCGCUUUCAAUCUACAUAUGCCAAGGCUUGGGAAGAUUAAGUAUCUUGUUCAGGAGGAUGGAAUCAGACAAGUUCUGGAGGAAAUGAAAGCUUUAUAUGAACAAAACCAGUCUGAUGUAAAUGAAGCAAAGUUGGGUGGACGAGGUGAUUUGAUACCAACUAUUAAAUUUCGACACUGUUCUCUGUUAAGAAAUCGACGCUGCACUGUUGCCUACUUGUAUGACCGAUUGCUUCGGAUUAGAGCUCUCAGGUGGGAAUAUGGCAGUGUUUUGCCAAGUGCUUUACGAUUUCACAUGUCUGCUGAAGAAAUAGAGUGGUUUAAUCAGUAUAAAAAGUCCCUUGCUACCUAUAUGAGGUCACUGGGAGGAGAUGAAGGUUUGGACAUCACACAGGAUAUGAAACCUCCAAAAAGUUUAUAUAUUGAAGUGCGGUGUCUAAAAGACUAUGGGGAAUUUGAAGUUGAUGAUGAUGGCACUUCAGUCCUACUUAAAAAAAACAGCCAGCACUUUUUGCCUCGAUGGAAGUGUGAGCAGUUGAUCAGACAAGGAGUUCUGGAGCAUGUCUUGUCGUAAUUGUGUCUUGUCAUGACUUCGUUUCAUGGUGACCACAUGGGGAGGCUUUGCCAAGGAUGAGGCUGAACACAUUCCACAAAAAUGUCUAUACUUUAACUCUCCUCCCCGCACCUCCCUCUUGGAUUUAAAAUUUACAGAUGACUGUAAGAUAACCAAAAAGAACUGGGGUUUGUUUAAUGGUAGAGUGCUUGUCCCAUACAUGGGAGGUCCUGGGUUCCAUUCCCAAUACCUAAAAUGUAUUUUAAAAAAAAGAAAGAAAAAAAAGAAAUAGUUGGCCAAGGUGUAUUAAGGACCUUUGUUUCUGUGUAUAUACCAUUCCUUCUGCUCCUUUCUGGAAAAAAGCUGUAUCUGGCCACAUGUGGUGGCACAUGCCUGUAAUCCCAGCUACUCAGGAGGCUGAGGCAGGAGGAUUACAAGCUCAAGGCUAGCCU